AGAAACCAAUUUCACUUGAGCAGAAGUCUAUAGAACCACAGAGCUUCAUUCACACACUCCAGCUGUAACAUUCAAAGGUAAAAAAUUAUACUUGGCUGUCAGCUGUCCCCAAGAUGUUCAUAGAUGAGCGGAUUGUAACUCUAUUCAAACGAAACGCCCAUCACACGCUGACUUACUGGAGCGUUUUCUUCAGCUUUGGACUCUGCAUUGCUUUUCUCGGACCUACGAUUUUGGACCUGCAAUGUCAGACGAACUCGACACUCAGUCAGAUCACCUGGGUGUUUUUUGCUCAGCAGUUCUGCUUGUUGAUUGGCAGCUCCAUUGGUGGCGUUUUCACAAAAACGUUGUUCCGUGCUCUAGCUGCCCUAUUUGUCUCUGCUAUUCUCAUCUCUGUAAUAUUUUCCAUCAUCCCUGUGUGCAAUAAUGUCCUCGUACUGGCCAUCGCCAUGGCUGUUUCUGGCUUGGCAAUGGGUGUUAUUGACACCAUUGCUAACAUUCAACUGGUGACCAUCUAUCAGAAGGAUUCAGCUAUUUUCUUACAGGCUCUGCACUUCUUCAUCGGGUUCGGUGCCCUGGUGAGCCCACUGAUUGCAGAUCCUUUCCUCUCAGAGACAGGCUGUGGGAAUCAUACGGGGAACGAGACCGAGAUCAUGCAUCAUUUCAGGAGCAUGCUGAGAUACAGUCCGAUUGUGGAGCACAACAUAACUCAGAGCCACCUGCCACACGAUGGAGGGGAGAAGGAGGAGCCCAUUGUGCAGUACGCUUUCUGGAUCAUGGCGCUUAUUAAUCUGCCUGUGCCCAUUGCUGUGCUAUUUCUCAUGUAUCGGGAGCAGUUGCUCCCAUGCUGCCCUGGCAGCACUCCACGCCUUUUAGACAAGGAUGAACUAGCAAUGGAGACCCAGCAGGGGGCCGAGGGCCCAGACUUGGAGCAGAAGGAGCAUGAAGCUGGAGGUCAUGGGAGUAUCUUCAGCUGCUGUCAGAAUGAUAACCUGCGUGGACUGCCAGCAUCCUUCUUUAUGAUUCAUAUCCUGGGAGGGAUGGUGCUCUUUAUGACCGAUGGCAUCGUGGGAGCAUAUGCCGGCUUUGUGUACACCUACGCUGUGGCCCCACCGAUGUCGCUGCCGAACAAGACGGCAGGUUACCUGGCUAGUAUUUUUUGGGCAGCGAUCACUGCUGGACGUCUCUUGUCCAUUCCUCUUUCCUAUCGUUUCCAGCCAGUGAGACUACUCAUGUUUAACCUGGCAGGAGCUAUUGUUACUGUGUUGAUGCUGCUCAUUUUCUACACCAGCAACGCCUUUCUGUUUGUUGGAACCUGUUUAUGUGGACUUUUCCUGAGCAGCAUAUUCCCAUGUAUGCUUGCCUAUACUGAGGACAUCCUUGAUUACCAGGGAUGUGCAACCUCGGUCCUGGUGACAAGCGCAGGAAUGGGAGAGAUGGUGAUGCAGGUUCUGGUUGGCUCAAUCAUUCAGAGUGAAGGGAGCUACAGCUUCCUGCUGUGCGGAAUGAUAAUCGCAUGCAUCGGUUUUGUCCUCUUUAUUGGUCUCCUGCUGUUCCAUCGUAUGCACAGAAAUUACCUUACAGGAACAUCAAAGAAGUCAGCAAUGGUAGAGGAACCAGCAGCAGAGCAGAAUGGAUCGGCCAAAACAGAACAAACAGAGAAUGCUAACGCGGUUGCAAUUUCAUAGUUCAGCUUUUUUUUUUUCAAUGUUCUUCUGUUUUGUAAAUUAUAUUUUAAAAAAUAUUUGAAUCAUGAA